CCAGACCCCCAGCCAUGUCCAUGCUCGUGCUGUGCCUGCUGUGCACCCUGACAAUGGUGGCCCAGCCUGCCCCGGUGGCUCCCGUGAGCAGCUCAGAGCCGGCACAGCAUGAGGAGCUGACUCUGCUCUUCCAUGGGGCCCUGCAGCUGAGCCAGGCUCUCAAUGGUGUAUACAGGGCCACGGAGUCACAGCUGACAGAGGCUGGGCACAGCCUGGACCUCUAUGGCCAAGCACUGGGGCUCCUUGGGCAGAAGGUCAGCCAGGGCCAGGAUGCAGCCCAGGAGCUACGUGUAAGCCUACUGGAGAUGCAGAUGGAAGAGGAUGCUCUCAAGCUGCAGGCAAAGGCCACAGCCCAGGCGUUGGGUGAGGUGGCCCAGGGACAGCAGGUACUAAGGGAGAGAAUGAAGCAGCUAGAAGUCCAGCUGAGGAGCGCUUGGCUAGGCCAUGCCCACCCAGAAUUUGAGGCCUUAAAGGCCCAUGCUAACAAGCAGAGCCACAUCGUGUGGGCCCUCACGGGCCACGUGCAGCGACAGCGACAGGAGAUGGUGGCACAGCAAGAGCGGCUGAAACAGAUUCAAGAGAGACUCCACACGGCAGCACUCCCGGCCUGAGCCUGCUUGGGCAGAACCGAGGACCAGUCACGCACCAAGGGAUGCUGCCACGCUCCACGUGACCCCUGCCCAGGGAGCUGCCUGUUGGCUGGGAUCGGCCAGGGCACUGGGACCCGCUUCCAGCCAUGGAGUAGAGACGGAAGCAGAUGGGGAUGCAGGCAGAGGACAUGGCCCCGUCGAGCAGGGGUGAAGGAAGGACACAUGCCCUUCAUGCCUACACACCCCCCAUUAAAGCAGAACAGUGGCA